AAAUCGUCAAAGUGGCUUGGCAUGCAUACAUACGAAAAUAUACAUGCAUACAUAUGUACUUAUAUAGAGAAAACCAAGUUGUCGUUCGGCAGAAUCAAAAAUAGUAGUCAAUAUUUCUCCUAGAUAUAUAAGCGUGAACGCAAGUUAUUAAACUUAAUUAUAUCGUAAACACUGCAAAUUAAAAGAUAAAAUUCCCCUAUAGUUGAAAUCACGGAGAGCACAAGGAUUAAGAAUAAUUGAUUCCGUAUUAAACAAAUUAAUCAGAUUAUAAAAAUUGCGACAAGUGCUUACGAUAAUGACGUUAAAAUUGAAGUUCAUAGUCGAAUAGUUGGGAGUGCAUCUUUUAGCGCUGACGAUCAGUUAGAACACUUCAGCAUUAUGCGCGAAGCACUUUUUUCCCAAGACGGCUGGGGCUGUCAGCAUGUCAACCAGGACACCAAUUGGGAAGUCCCCAGUUCACCAGAACCCACUAAUAAAGAUGCAGCUGGACCACCAAUGUGGAAGCCAAGCAUUAACAAUGGCACUGAUCUGUGGGAGUCUAAUUUAAGAAACGGUGGUCAACCUACCGCUCAGCAAGUUCAAAAGCCAUCGUGGGGUCAUACCCCUUCUUCCAACCUUGGUGGAACGUGGGGAGAGGAUGAUGAUGGGACCGACAGUAGUAGUGUUUGGACAGGAGGAUCAGUCAGUAACGCGGGCUCUGGAGCAGCAGUGGUAGUGAACCAAGGCGGAGUCAAUGUUGGUCCAGGUGGUGUUUCAACUUCUGGACCUCAGUGGGGACAAGGUGUCGUUGGCGUCGGACUGGGAUCAACUGGUAAUGGUUCAAGCAAUUUAACUGGAACAGCUGGAGUAGUCUCGGGAGCCAGCGGAAACUCCAGCUCUACUGGCAACGGAUGGGGAGAUCCCCGUGAAAUUCGCCCGUUGGCAGGAGGAAAUUCUAUGGAUAUUCGGAAUGUUGAUCAUCGCGGCGUUAACAAUUCUGUGGCAAACUCUAGUGAUCCCCGCGAUAUCAGGAUGAUCGAUCCGCGUGAUCCUAUACGAGGAGAUCCUCGUGGGAUCUCAGGCCGUCUUAAUGGGACAUCAGAAAUGUGGGGCCAUCAUCCGCAAAUGUCCCACAACCAGAUGCAAAACAUCAACAAAAUGGUUGGUCAAACUGUAGCAACUGUAAGUACGAAUGUUGGAGGAACUUCAGGCACGGGCAUCGGUCCUGGAGUUCCUGGUUCUGGUUCUGUAUCUGGGAAUAUCCCAACACAGUGGGGGCCGGCUCAAGCAGUAGCCGCUGGUGUUAGUGGCCCAAAAGACAUAUCAAAGCAGAUAAGUGGAUGGGAGGAACCAUCGCCACCGCCUCAGCGCCGUAGCAUUCCGAAUUACGAUGAUGGUACUUCGUUAUGGGGUCAGCAAACCCGAGUUCCCGGUGCAACCGGUCACUGGAAGGACAUGACAGAUUCCAUUGGUCGUGGCGGACAUCCGAUGCGCGGUCAAAAUCAGUCGGGUGGCAUAGGUAUAGCCGGUGUUGGCAAUAGCAAUGUUCCAGUGGGAGCUAAUCCCAACAAUCCUAUGAACAGUGUAGUUGGGCCCCAAGCUCGUAUACCAUCUGUAGGAGGAGUGCAACACAAGCAAGACGGAGGCACCAUGUGGGUUCACUCAAAUAAUGUAAGCGGCAGAAAUAAUGUAGCUGCUGUAAACACUUGGGGGGAUGACACUCACAAUGUCAAUGUCAGCGCCCCGAGCAGUGCAAAUGUAUCUACAAGUAAUUGGGUGGAUGACAAAUCCAACGCGACUUUGGCUCCAAACUCUUGGAGUGACGCAGCGGGAGUUAGUUGGGGAAAUAAGCAAAGUAAAUUACCAUCCACUGGUACCUCAUCUGGUUGGAGCACUGCAGCAGGUGUGGGUGUGGCAGAUGGCGUUGACCUGGGUUCUGAUUGGAAUGCACACGGAGGGAUAAUUGGAAAAUCUCAGCAACAGCAAAAACUACCCGGACUCAGUGUGGGAAUGGUGAAUGUCAUUAAUGCUGAGAUGAUUAAGCAGAGCAAGCAAUACCGUAUCCUUGUCGAAAACGGAUUUAAAAAGGAAGACGUGGAGCGGGCAUUAGUGACUGCCAAUAUGAACAUCGAAGAAGCAGCCGAUAUGCUACGCGCAAGUUCAUCUUUGGCAAUGGAGGGUUGGCGUCGACAUGAGGAAUCCAUUGGCUCUUACUCCGACCAUACAAGUUCAACUAGCAGCAGCGGAUUUGUUGGUCGUUACCCAGUUAGCAGUGGACAACCUUCGAUGGCUUUUACUCAUAACAAUCUUCUGAAUAACAUAGGUGGUACGGCUGUAACUGGAGGUGGUAACAACAACACAAGCAUGUCCACUUUGCAAGUGCAAAAGUAUUUGAAUCAAGGCCAACAUAGCGUUGCUGUAGGACCACAAACCGUUGGUAAUUCUUCCGCCGUUUCCGUUGGAUUUGGUCAGAAUACAUCUAACGCAGCAGUUGCAUCCACUGCCUCCGUAAAUUUAGCAGCUAAUACUAAUCAACCAUCGGGCCAACAAAUUCGCAUGCUUGGACAGCAGAUUCAGUUGGCUAUUCAUAGUGGUUUCAUAUCUAGUCAGAUAUUGACUCAACCACUAACGCAAACUACACUGAAUCUAUUAAACCAACUUCUUAGCAAUAUUAAGCAUCUUCAAGCAGCCCAACAAUCCCUUGCCCGCGGUGGAAAUGCGAACCCAAUGGCAGUGAACGUGGCUAUAUCUAAAUACAAGCAGCAAAUUCAAAAUUUACAGAACCAAAUAAAUGCACAACAGGCUGUAUAUGUGAAACAACCAAGUAUGCAGCAAACUUCGCAGCAACAGCCACAACAACAGCCACAACAGCAGCAACAUCCCUCGUCACACCUAAAUAACUCAGGGAACGACUAUUUAAGAGGUCACGAUGCAAUAAAUAAUUUGCAAAGCAAUUUUUCUGAGCUCAAUAUUAAUAAGCCAAGUGGAUAUCAAGGGGCGUCCAAUCAACAAUCCCGGUUAAAUCAGUGGAAGCUUCCAGUAUUAGACAAGGACAUGAACUCUGAUAAUACGGAAUUUUCCCGUGCUCCAGGUACAACUAAACAAAGUUUAACAAACAACUCAAGCAACAUAAGCUCUUUGGGAUUACAAAAUGAUGGUACUUGGUCAACUGGACGCAAUAUUGGUGACGGAUGGCCAGAUCCUCAACCUGAUAACGAGAAUAAAGACUGGUCAGUUGCUCAGCCAACUUCAGCAGCGACUGCUUAUACGGACAUGGUCCAAGAGUUUGAGCCAGGCAAGCCAUGGAAGGGUUCUCAGAUCAAGAGCAUAGAAGACGAUCCAAGCAUUACACCUGGAAGCGUUGCUAGAUCUCCACUAUCCAUUAAUUCGACGCCGAAAGAUGCUGACAUCUUUGCCAGUACUGGCAAGAAUUCACCGACUGAUUUGCCACUUAGUUUAUCGUCGUCUACAUGGAGCUUUAAUCCUAACCAAAAUUUCCCGAGUUGGUCUGACAAUAGUCAACAAUGUGCUACUACUUCAGAGCUUUGGACAAGCCCUUUAAAUAAAUCAUCGUCACGAGGUCCUCCGCCAGGAUUGACUGCUAAUUCAAAUAAAUCUGGCAACGGAGGGAAUGCUAGUACGCCAACGCCAUCUAAUGUAACCGGCGGUGCUAAUGGAUGGCUUCAAACUCGAAGUGGUAGUGUUCAAACGACAAAUACAACCUGGACUAGUGGGAAUUCCUCGUGGGGGUCAAGUUGGUUGCUGCUUAAAAACCUAACAGCACAGAUUGACGGACCUACAUUACGUACAUUGUGUAUGCAGCAUGGUCCUCUCGUAAGUUUUCACCUAUAUUUGAACCAAGGAAUUGCCUUAUGUAAAUAUACAACUAGAGAGGAGGCGAACAAAGCACAAAUGGCGUUAAAUAAUUGUGUUCUCGCUAACACUACUAUAUUUGCUGAAUCUCCUAGCGAAAAUGAUGUACAGAACAUAAUGCAGCACCUACCACAAAUAGCUUCCUCUGCAAGUUCAAGCGGAACUAGUGCUGGCAACGGCGGAGCCGUCGGAACUCCAUCUAAUAAUGGCGCCAGUAGCUCUGGAGCUAGUUUAUCUGGAAACACUAGUAACGGCAACAGUAACGGAAAUACUAGUGCUAGUGGCGGUGGCAGCGGCAAUAAUGGCAAUAACACUGGCACCAGUAGUGGCGGGGGCAUUUGUAACCAGAACACCACAAGUUUGACAAAUUCGAACCUUCUUGGUUCUAGUGGGGGCACUGCUUCAAACUCUUCUGGCGGAGCAGUUAGCUCUGGUACAGGUUCUGUAGGAGCCGGAACAUCGAGUAGCAAUUCUAUAAACGGUGGCCCAGGAUCUGCAAAUACUACUGUCUCAAAGAGUAGUUCAAACAAUCUAAACAUAACUGGUGGGCAGUCUAGCGCUUCUAACCUAACUAAUAGCACCAACUCAACAUGGCGUCAAACUAGCCAAACCCAAGCUCUUCAGGGUCAAAGCAGGUCAUCAGGCAGAGAAGCUGACUUUGAUUAUAUAUCUCUAGUUUAUUCCAUUGUUGAUGAUUAAAGAGUCAAUGAUCAUUUUCAUUGGUCAUUGGCCAUUGACUACCGCAUUCUGUGACUCAAAGCACACCCAAAAGCUUCAAAUAAUUCGAUACUAAGUACGUAUGAAGAGCAAGACCAUGUUGUGAAGAAUAUUACAGUGGAUUGACUGAUAGACGAAUGGACUUAGAAUUUUGUAUGCCCGUAGAUUUAUUUUUCUUCAUCGUUCAUAGAUCUAAACUUGUAUAUGUAAGUUUAAAUUUAAUCAAUAUAAAACAAAAAACAUCCAACAUAGAUAUACAUAUAAAUUAUGUCAAAAAAUUGAUAUAUUUGUUGGUUUGCUAUAUCAUAAAAGCAUACCGUCCUAUUUAAGUCAAUGUGUUAUGACUAUGACUCCCAUCACUGGUCUUGGGAAAGGGAAGUAUUUUCAAGUGCAUGCAAACACAUAUGGUAAAAUAUACAUCAAUAAAUGUUAUGUAUUGCAACAGAAUACAUAAAUUUAUGAAAAAUUCAAAUUUUCAGUAACGACUGAACGAGUGUCGGUAGCAUUAAGGGAUAAAGUCUAAUAUAAUUAUCUUAUUUGAAGCGUUUAAUGUUCCCGUUUGACAUAGAGAUAACAUAUACUAGAUAAAAUUAUAUGUAUACGUUUUAUGUAAAAAGAUAAUUAUUAGGGCUAAGUCCUUAUUUGCUGCUUGUGCAUAUCGAUAAAACGCCUACUAUUCAUGAGUGUAUUUGUGUUUCCAGUAAGGAAAAUACCUGUGUUAUAUUCAUUAUAGGAAGUUAUAAUCUUAAUACGGUUUUGCUUUCAUUAAAGCAUUCCCACCGAAAAAAUUCGGUUAUACAUUAUAAAAUCACAAUAAAAAUAUCAAUGAAGUUA